AUGGCCUCUCACUUCCUUGCUCCUCAACUCUUUGGUGCCUUUGAUGGAAGAUUUCAGUCAAGACACAGGCUGUGCAGUGUAGGAAUAAUUUAUCGUAAAGCAGAUAUAGAGGAAGUUAUGCCUGCAAGCAAGAAGGCAGGUGGUAAAGGCAUCUGCUCCAAGUUGCCCGUCCGCUACUUCUACCUGCAGGCGGUCAGCGCGCAGGGGCGGAACCUCACUCGCUCGCCCCCAGGUCAAACACUCUUCAAAGUGGUAGUCCAGUCUCUUUCCCCUAAAGAGGUAGUCCGGAUUCAUGUCCCUAAACCUUUGGACAGGAAUGAUGGGACAUUUUUGGUACGAUACAGACUGUAUGACACGGUCCACAAAGGGCUGAAGAUAGAGAUCCUUUAUGGUGAUGAACAUGUGGCACAGUCUCCCUAUAUUCUGACAGGACCAGUGUACCAUGAAUACUGUGAGUGUCCAGAAGAGGAUCCUCAGGCCUGGCAGAAAACUCUCUCUUGUCCUACCAAUGAGCCACAGAUUGAAGAAGAUUUUGCUUCCUUCCCCAGCAUCAAUCUCCAGCAGAUGCUAAAUGAAGUUCCCAAAAGAUUUGGAGAUGAGAGGGGUGCCGUUGUUCAUUACACAGUUCUCAAUAACCACAUUUAUCGGAGAUCUUUAGGGAAAUACACAGACUUCAAAAUGUUCUCUGAUGAGAUUUUGCUGUCACUGGCAAGAAAGGUUCGUCUUCCAGAUUUAGAGUUUUAUAUUAACCUUGGAGAUUGGCCCUUGGAGCAUCGAAAAGUCAAUGAAACCCCUGGCCCUAUACCUAUCAUUUCCUGGUGUGGCUCUCUGGAUUCAAGAGAUGUUAUCGUCCCAACAUAUGACAUCACCCACUCUACACUUGAAGCAAUGAGGGGCGUUACAAAUGAUCUCCUCUCUAUUCAGGGAAAUACAGGGCCUUCCUGGAGCAAUAAAACAGAGAAAGCUUUCUUCAGAGGUAGAGAUAGUCGGGAAGAGAGGCUGCAGUUGGUACAGCUGUCAAAAGAAAACCCACAGCUAUUAGAUGCAGGAAUUACAGGGUAUUUCUUUUUCCAAGAGAAAGAAAAGGAACUUGGAAAAGCCAAGUUGAUGGGCUUUUUUGAUUUCUUUAAGUACAAGUACCAGGUGAAUGUGGAUGGGACUGUGGCUGCAUAUAGGUUUCCGUAUCUCAUGCUGGGGGACAGCCUGGUUCUGAAACAGGAUUCUCCAUAUUAUGAACAUUUCUACAUGACGCUAAGGCCCUGGAAACACUAUGUUCCAGUUAGAAGAAAUAUUAGUGACUUAAUAGAGAAAGUUAAAUGGGCCAAAGAAAAUGAUGAAGAAGCCAAGAAGAUUGCAAAAGAAGGACAGUUGACUGCGAGGGACCUGCUGCAACCACACAGGCUUUACUGCUACUAUUACAGAGUCCUACAGCAAUAUGCCAAGCGCCAGUCCAACCAACCUGAGAUACGUGAUGGAAUGGAACUUGUUCCUCACCCAGAUGACAACAUAUCCAUUUGCCAGUGCCAUAGGAAAAGGCCUUUAAAGGAAGAGCUUUAAUGCAGCCCAUUCUUACCCAGCUACAUCUUUGAAGGAAGACCACAGAUGCUAAGCUGUGAAGUACAGAAGACUUUACCCAGUGGACCAGUUCUCUUAGUGGCUUUAUAUAAUGUGGCUGGAUAAGGCAGUAUUUCAGCAACUAUUACUAGAUAUAUUUGGAUAUUAAUUUUUGGAGGGGGGAACCAGAGAACGAAUGCAGGACUUUGUGCUUGCAAGGCAGGCAUGGCACCACUGAGCUAAAUCCCUGGCCCUGGAUAUUAAUUUCUUUUAAGUAAAAACUGCUAUUAUCAGCAUAGAAUUUUCUCUAAAAAGAAUAUUUGCAGAUCAGCAGAUAGAGAGGCUUGCGAAAAUAUGAAUCACUCUACUGACUUAUUCAUUGGUUUAUUUCUAUGCCUGGUUUGCUUUAUCUCUUCUUCCAGUAAUGCAGAGAAAAAGUUUUGUUUUGUUUCCUCCCUAUGCAUAACUUCUCUUGCAAGCUGCUUUUGGUGUUCAAUAAUAGCAGCUUCCUUUUGGAAAGUCUGAUAAAGAAUAGUUAAGGAACAAGAGCGUGACUCUUGUUAAAUGCACUGCGGAGGGCCAGGGAUUUAGCACAGUGGUGCUGCCACAUGCCUUGCAAGCGCAGGGUCUGGAGUUCUAUCUCUGGAAUGAAAAAAAAAAAAAAACCAAGGAGACUAAAUAGGCACUACUUCUGUAAACUACUGCUCUUAUUAUUAGCUAGUUUUUGAGACAAAAAUUAAGGAGAGCUAGGUGUGGUGAUGCAUACCUGUAAUCCCAGAACUAAAGAAGCUGAGGCAGGAGAUCACUGUGAGUUUGAGGCCAGCUUGGGCUCCAUAGUUGUGGGGGACCAGCUCCCACUAGUCAAACAGUACCUGAAGGAGAGAGUGAGGAUUGAAAAAGAAAGACACUCUAGGCAGAGUGGAGACAAAAG